GGGAGUUGUGUGUGGGUCUGAGUCCCUGAGCGGUGCGAGUCUGAAGGAGAUUGGCUAGUUCGGGAUUUCUGAGGUCUCUCGGCCGCGGGACUCCCCGGGCUUCUAGAAUAGCUCUGGGGUAGUGGGCUCGCGGUCCGCAGCGUGGCUUCGGCCGCACCGCAUCUCUCUGAAGAUGAGUGCCUGCCCGUAUUCUUCCCUUUUCUCCUCUGGUCCUGAGCAACGUGUCAGGAGCACACUUAAGAAGAUCUUUGGGUUUGACUCAUUUAAGACCACCUUGCAGGAGAGUGCCACCAUGGCAGUGGUUAAAGGUGAAAAGGAUGUGUUCGUGUGCAUGCCCACAGGGGCAGGGAAAUCCUUGUGCUACCAGCUUCCUGCGCUGCUGGCCGCAGGUAUCACCAUUGUGAUCUCUCCACUUAUUGCUCUGAUUCAGGACCAGGUAGAUCACUUGUUGGCCUUGAAGGUACGUGUAUGCUCUCUGAACUCCAAAUUAACGGCUCAAGAGAGAAAGAAAAUUCUAAUGGACCUGGAGAAUGAAAAGCCACAGACUAAGCUCUUAUAUAUCACUCCUGAAAUGGCUGCCUCUGCCUCCUUUCAGCCCAUUCUGAACUCACUAGUAUCCCGACACCUUCUUUCCUACCUGGUGGUAGAUGAGGCUCAUUGUGUCUCCCAAUGGGGGCAUGACUUCCGACCUGAUUACCUCCGGCUGGGUGCCCUGAGGAAAAGAAUACCCCACGCCCCUUGUGUGGCUUUGACAGCCACAGCUACCCAGCAAGUUCAGGAGGAUGUGGUCACUGCCUUGAAGUUGCGACAGCCAGUUGCCAUCUUCAGGACACCCUGUUUCCGGGCCAACCUCUUCUAUGAUGUGCAGUUCAAGGACCUGCUUGGUAAUCCCUAUGGAAACCUCAAGGACUUCUGCCUGAAGGCACUUGGGCAGAAAAACGACAAAGGGGCUUUUCCCGGUUGUGGCAUUGUGUACUGCAGGAUGCGGGAGGUCUGUGAACAGGUGGCGACAGAGCUCAGCUCCAGGGGCAUAAAAGCCAAGGCUUACCAUGCAGGGCUCAAGGCCGAAGACAGGAUGUUAGUGCAAAAUGAGUGGAUGGAGGAGAAGGUUCCUGUCAUUGUUGCAACCAUCAGUUUUGGGAUGGGGGUGGACAAAGCGAAUGUCAGAUUUGUUGCCCACUGGAAUAUCGCCAAGUCAAUGGCUGCAUAUUACCAAGAAUCUGGACGAGCUGGGAGGGAUGGACAGCCUUCUUGGUGCCGCCUCUAUUACUCCAGGAAUGACCGGGAUCAAGUCAGCUUUCUGAUAAAGAAGGAGAUCUCAAAACUGCAGGAAAAGAGAGGGAACAAGGACUCUGAUAAAGCCAGCAUGGCAGCCUUCGAGGCCCUGGUGGACUUCUGUGAGAAGCUGGGGUGCCGCCACGCUGCCAUUGCCAGGUACUUUGGGGAUGCAGCCCCUGCGUGCGCCAAAGGCUGUGACCACUGCAAGAGCCCUGGGACUGUUAGGAAGCAGCUGGAUGCCUUGGAGAGCAGCAGCAGCUGGAGUAAGACACAAAUCAGGAGCUCUCGUGGGGAUGACUCUGACUCCGAGCUGUAUGAGGGUGGCCGACGGGGAUACGGCGGCUUUGACAGAUACGAUGAGGACUUGGGGAACAAUGGAGCCGAGGACAAUGAUGAAGCCCAGAAGCGAGAAUGGAACAUUUUCUACCGGAAUCAGAUGAACCUUCGGAAGGGUAAAGAACCCAAGAAAGAGGAGUUCGUCCCCCCAGAUGAUGACUGUCCCCUGAAGGAGGCCUCCAGCAGGAAGAUCCCCAGGCUUACUGUGAAGGCUCGGGAACACUGUUUGAAAAUGUUGGAGGAGGCCCUGAGCAACAACCUGCAAACAGUUUGCACUACAGAGAGGACCGAGCCCCAGGCCCAUGCGGUGGAGCUGGAGUACGAGGCAUUCCGCAGUACCAGGAUGGCCAAUCUGUACAAGGCCAGUGUGUUGAAAAAGGUGGCAGAGAUCCACAAAGCCUCCAGUGAUGGGAAGCUCUACCCUUCUGGGGGUGAUGGGGACCAGAGCUGCAGGGCCCAGGCUGUGUUGCCUGAGGAAGACAUCCGACCAGCCUCUCAAGUGUAUUCAUUCAAAUCAAAGAGAAUAGGAGCUGGCUUCCGGACAGGCUCCGAGCCCUUCCAGACAGCAGCUGAACUCUUGCAAAGGUCCUUGGCUCAGGAGCAGAUGCCACCUGUUAGACCAGAAGGAGGAGAGAAGCCUGGCCCAAGAGAUACCUCCAAGCCUGAAAAGAAGGCAGAGCCCUUCCCAGAACAGGGAGUUUUUGGAGGAGGCCUGGAGAGAAGUGGACCAUUGCCUGAGAAGAAGGCUAAAAGAUCCCCUGCGGACCACCCCGUCAUCAAGUCUCAAGGUAGCAAGAAGCAGCAGUUGCUGGCCAAGGCAGCAAAAAAUUCUCAGGAGAUAACUCGGUUCUUCUCCCACCAAGGGGCAAAGAGCCCACCCCUACCUAGCCUAUCAUCUGUGCAAACAGUGGACUCAAGCCCCUCUCCUGAAAGGACUCGGGAACCCAAGGUAGCCCAGGGAAAGAGUAUAAUGGAAGAGGACCGAGCCCUAAGUCAUUUGUCUGCUCUGAGCCAGGAAGAGACCACGGGAGGGCUGGAAUCAAGCCUCAAGGUCCAAUCUGAGGUGCAGCCCAUCGCCCCAGAGGACACCCAGCCAAGGAAACGGCCCAGAUCCCAUCAGGGGAUUCCAGAGGACCAGACUCAGAAGAGGCUUCGACCCACAGCCAAACCCUCUACCUUGAUACCACCAGAGGCCAAAGUCAGCAGCUCUUCCAAAAGAGAAGAUAAUUUUGACCAGAGUAUAGAGAACCAAGGCCCCAAUCACCUUCCAGACCCAAGACCAAGGACGCCUGGUGUCUCUCUGAAAGAGGCUGCAGACAUCGUAGUCAAAUACCUGACCCCUUUCUACAAGGAUGGCAAAUUUGCUUCCAAGGAAUUAUUUAAGGGCUUCGCCCGACACCUUUCCCACUUGCUGACCCAGAAGAUGCCUCUGUGGGGGAGUGGUGAGUGCCCUGGGCCUUGCUUUGGGAGACUAAGGGGAAGCACCUUGAGGGAAGGGUACAGGGCCUUACCCUUCCACUUCUCUGCAGUGAAAGAAGAGGCUCAGAGGCUCAUCAAGCAGUUUUUUCAAAGCCGGGCUAGGUGUGAAAGCGACAGUGAUUGGCUGGACCUGCCUGACCCAGGUCAGAGAUAACUGAUGCUGGGGAGGAGGAGAGGACUGGCAUAGCACUGGAGAGGCUAUAAUAUCUGCUGAGAGCCCAGGGCCCCUUCCUACCUCAUGCCCUGGGAAGCCCCCAGUGACUUCUGUCCUGUGCCAGGCCAGCGUAGGGAAGACUGGCUCAGUGCUGUGGGCUCUUGGCUUUGGAGAACUGGGGCUGGGGGCAGAAGAAGGAGGGGAAUCCUGCUGCUGCUAGGGAAGAGCUUCCCCCUCACCCAGAGUCCCAGUGUCUGCCUAUGCAAGAACCUUAUUUGAGGGUGGCUGUUGUAAAUACCUCCAUCCCUUGGGGCUGGGACUAGAGCUCAGCCCAUCCCUUUCUACCUGUAAAGCUAAAAGUCUCAUCUUUCAUUGCUGCUUCCCCAUUUUUGUGGCUGGGCUUUCUUGGUUGGCUUCCUGGAAGAAGGGGCCAGCUCUCAGGGCUUCCUGGAAGAGGAGGAAGGCAUUUGGAGGGUGCCUCCCCUAUGCACUUUUUUUUUUUUUUUUGGUGAGGCAGUUGGGCUUAAGCGACUUGUCCAGGGUCACACAGCUGUUAAGUGUCUGAGUUUGGAUUUGAACUCAGGUCCUCCUGAAUCCAGUGCUGGUGUUUUAUCCACUGCGCCACCUAGCUGCCCCCUCCAUGCACUUUUUAAUGUGUUGGUGGUACUACUGUCUGAGGUGCCCACAUACCUACUUUCACACCCUCUACCUCCCUCUGAAGCCAUAUUGACUAACUUUGCUACUGGGUGUGUAUGAGGCCCUGGGACCCUCUCAGAAGCCAUACUUGCCCUGGGCCCAUCUGCUAGGGUCACAAUGGCCUAUUAGUGUUUACAAAUUGUAAUAAAAGUUUUUAUUCUGAUCAGGUUCAA